CCCCUACGCGAAACGAGGCCGAUCGUAUGAAACGAGGUCAAUUGUAAAAUCUUGUACUCGAAAUUUAAUGUUUCCCCUACUAUCCAUUGAUGGUAAUGAUUAAUAGUCAUAUCAUCUUCAGUGAUGCAAGAGGCUUAUCUGAGUGCACGCGUCAGAAGAUAUCGAUGCCGCAGUAUUUCUGAUCCGUCGAGCGUUAACAUAGUAGAAUUCUUUUCUUUGCCCAAGACGCAUCGUGACUGAAAAUUUUUGCUUACUUAACAUUCUAUAAUUUGACGUUCAAUUAUUAUAUAAUUUGUGUGUUACGUAUUGUAAAAGCUAUGAUCGAAUAUGUGAUAUAAUUUGAUCGGUAUAACUCGUGUUGAUAAAAAGAACAGUUUACUCUUCUUUUUCUUAUACAUAUAUAUAUCUUUUUUUUUUGUGUGUUUUUGAGAAAAAGUUACUGUUUGAAAAUUAAACCAUGUGUUGUGCGAAAUUCGGCAAUUAGUUGACUUACUCUUAUCUGUGUUAUCUGGUAUCGAAAUAAGCAAUUAUUGUCCCACUUAUCAGUUGCUUGUACAACUAAGGUAACCCCGCUUCUGCAGAAAUAAUUGCUUUUUUUCUCGAUCACAAUGCGUUAGUUAUCUUUAUGCCAGUUAGUAACAAACUGCGCCUGACAAAGACACCACAUUUCUGUUGGAAAUAUGUCUGGGACCAUAAAUACCGGGUUUGAGAGUAACGAGUUUAACACAUUUGAGAUUGGACAUCUGACAAGCGAGGAAAUGACAAGAAACGUGGAAAGGGCAGAAGAUUCAGCUGGUUAUUUGCGUGCAGGACACAGUGCCUUGAACAAUUUUUAUUCAAAACAUCAGUUACUGUUCAAGUGUCUGUACUUGACUGUACUAAAUGUCGUGGUACUAAUUUAUCUUGUUUCUGCCACAUUAUACUGGAAAAAAAACAAUGACGAGAAUUACUUCAAUUGGUGCGAUGGUUACGGACUGCUAAUCAUCUUAUUAGUGAUCACUUAUGGCGGACUUUUUUAUCAUUACUUAGGGCACUUAAUUCUCGGAUAUUGUUGUCGCCCAUUCAACAACGUCAUUAAAAAUCUCAACAAAACAAGAUAUGGCAGCAUUAUUACUCAGACGGUAAUUUAUGCUUGUUUCUUAAUUGGAAUCAUAGCAUUUCUCAUUAUUGAUACUGCUAAUUCGAGGGAGAGAUUAAGGAGUGGACUUGGGAUCAUUAUAUUGCUCGCUAUCGGAUACAUAUUCUCCAAACAUCCUGGUCGCGUCAAAUGGAGGCCCGUUUUGUCUGGAUUGAUUCUACAAUUUCUCUUUGGUCUCUUCUUAAUUCGAUGGCCCUUGGGUCGAUCUAUUUUCCAAUGCCUCGCUAACAAAGUAGAGGGGUUCUUGAACUUCGCCAAGAGCGGUGCAAGCUUCAUUUACUCCGACAAAUUAGUCACCGAUGGUGUCUUCGCUUUCAGCGUGCUGCCUGUGAUCUUUUACUUCAGCUUCUUCAUCCAGAUUUUCUACUAUUUAGGUACCAUGCAAUGGUUUAUUUUCAAUUUAGGUAGAAUACUACAGAGUGUCGUGGGAACUUCGAUUUGUGAAUCAGUAACAUGUGCUGGAAACAUUUUUCUUGGAAUGACGGAGUCACCGUUAAUGAUCAGACCUUAUUUGAACAAACUGACUACCUCGGAAUUGCACACCAUUAUGUGUUCGGGCUUUGCCACGGUGUCAGGAACCGUUUUCGCCGCGUACAUAAAGUUUGGUGCAAAUCCUGCUCAUCUGAUAACCUCCACUUUGAUGGCAGCACCAGGAACUCUCUGUUACUCCAAGUUAUUUUACCCGGAAACCGAAAAGAUCAUAGUCACUUCCCAUAACGUUAAAUUAGAAAAAUCGAAGGACUCCAGUUUAGUCGAUGCUGCGAGCAAAGGAGCUGUGGCAGCGAUUCCUCUGAUUUUAGGCAUAAUCGCUAACAUUGUCGCGUUCGUGUCCUUUAUGGCGUUGGUCAACUCUCUGCUCUCUUGGAUAGGGUCACUGGUUGGUUACGAAGAAUUGACCUUGGAAUUGAUCCUUUCGAAAGUAUUCAUGCCACUUAGUUGGAUCAUGGGAGUGCCUUGGGAUCAAUGUGACGACGUGGCUACUCUCAUAGGUCUGAAGACUGUGGUUAACGAGUUUGUGGCCUACGAAACUCUAGGAAAGUAUAAGGAACAAGGUCGAAUUUUUGGUAGAACCGAGGCCAUCGCUACUUUUGCGAUUUGUGGAUUUGCGAAUCCUAGCUCAGUGGGAAUCACCAUGAGCAUGAUGAAUUCUCUAGCUCCUGAUAAGAAGGAAUCUGUGGCCAGUACUGUCGUGAGAGCAUUCGUGGGUGGCAGCAUUAUCUGUUUCAUCACCGCCAGCAUUGCUGGAAUGCUAAUAUCCGAUGACUAUUAUUAACAGUGAGUGAUCAUAUGCCAUGGAUCAUGACUGACAGUCUAAUGAUCACUACAAUAUCUAUUGAUUACCCAACUAUAAGAAAACGCCAUUAGUUUAUCGUUUUGUAAAAUAUUAUUGUAAAUAGAUAGGUCAAUAAGAAAGACUUAGUUUCCUCGACAGACUUAACUGAUAUUAUUGCACAAUAUGAUAUUAUAACAUAAAUAUUAAAAUCGACAAAUAACUCCCAGCGGCUACAUUGAGUUCUUAUAAAUCACGCUAAGUAAGUUUUGAAAAAAAUGAUGUAGUACGAUUAACAUGAAAACCUAAGCUAGUGCAUUUUGUACAUUUUCGGUGAUCAUAAAUGCGAUCGUGUAUAAUAAUAAGUAAAGAAAUAUCACAAAAGACA